GUCCCCAACUGUCCCCAAGUUAGUGAACUUUUUCAGAAUCGGAAUCCAAUUCCAACUUGCUUGCAUUGUUUAUCAUCUUCAACCUUGAAGCCAUCGAAUUAGGACGCACAAAUUCUGAAAUUGAAGAGAAAAAGAGUCUCAAACUGUGUUUGAUUAUGGCUAUGAUCACCACGCAAAGGUGCUUGCCACAAGCUUUUUUCCACAUCACAGAGCGAACCACAAGUCUCUCAUCAUUUAAACUCCAAGGGCAAUCAAAAUUCAGGAGGGUUAUUAAAAUGUCUGCAACUGAACUCACAAACUCUAGGAUAUCAUACGAGUCCUUUGCAAUACAGCCUCCUCUGCACCCAACUUAUGAUUUGAAGGGCAUUAUCAAGUUAGCCCUUGCAGAAGAUGCCGGGGAUCGUGGUGAUGUAACGUGCUUGGCCACCAUUCCAUUUGACAUGGAAGUGGAAGCUUAUUUUUUGGCGAAGGAGGAUGGCAUCAUUGCUGGAAUCGCACUUGCAGAGAUGAUAUUUGAUGAGGUUGAUCCUUCUUUGAAGGUGAAGUGGUCUAAAAAUGAUGGAGAUUUUAUUCAUAAAGGGCUACAGUUUGGAAAAGUACAUGGACGGGCGCAUAACAUUAUUGUAGCUGAAAGGGUAGUGCUAAACUUUAUGCAGAGGAUGAGUGGCAUUGCAACUUUAACUAAGGCAAUGGCAACUGCUGCACACCCUGCCUAUAUUUUGGAGACUAGAAAAACUGCUCCAGGAUUACGUUUAUUGGAUAAAUGGGCGGUAUUAAUUGGUGGAGGCCGGAAUCAUAGAAUGGGUUUGUUUGAUAUGGUGAUGAUAAAAGAUAAUCAUAUAUCAACAGCUGGAGGUGUUACAAAUGCCCUCAGAGCUGUCGACCUGUAUCUAGAGCAAAAACACCUUCAUAUGGAGGUUGAGGUUGAGACCAGGACUCUUGACGAAGUGAAAGAAGUAUUACAUUAUGCAUCCCAAACAAAGACUUCUUUGACCCGGAUAAUGUUGGAUAAUAUGGUUGUACCUCUACCAAAUGGGGAUGUGGACAUAUCUAUGCUGAAAGAAGCUGUGCAGUUGGUCAAUGGGAGAUUUGAUACCGAGGCAUCAGGCAAUGUUACUCUAGACACCGUACAUAAAAUCGGGCAAAGUGGAGUAACCUACAUUUCAAGUGGUUCGCUGACUCAUUCUGUGAAAGCACUUGACAUCUCCCUCAAAAUUGACACCGAAUUGGCACUCAAAGUUGGAAGGCGCACAGGACGAGCUUGAUAAGAUAUUCUCUUAUAUUCUUUCUUGCUGGUCAUCACUAUGCUGCAUGUAGGGGUGAUAAAUGAAUCAUGGGCCUUUGGCUUGGCUCGUGAAAGCCUAAGCUUAUAUGUUUAAAAUGGUUGUUGGAAUCAGGUUUGAACUUGUAUAAAAGUUCGUUUAAUAAAAAAGCCUCAGACUUCAAUUCAAAAGUUUAGCUUUAGAGCCCUUCAGGCUGGCCUAGUAUUAAUUUUUAUUUUAUAUUUUUUAUACUUGCAAUAGCUCUCUUUCUCUCUCCUCAAUCAUUUUCACUCCAUUUUAUUAGUUAAACAGACUUUUGAAUGAUUUUUUUUUUCUAUAUUAUGCUAUUUGGAUAUAUAUUGAAUUUAUAAAAUUA